GUGACGUCAUAGACCUUUUCAGAACAAUAAUCAAUUUUAGGACGAGAAGGAUUUUUCUUAUUCAAGUAUAAAAUAUUCUGGUCGUCUGUUGUCUUUAUUUGGAAAAUGAAACAUCUCAUCUUGGCUGUGGUGUGCUUUUUAAUCGCAACUCCUGUCUGGUCAAGCCGUCUUUACAAAAAGAACACCAAAUCUCGAACUCAAAAUACGAUUAAAAAGCAAAUGUUAGCACCAGGUUACUAUCAUAUGGAAUGUCAAACUAAAGAAGAUUGCAUGAAAAAAAAUCCAAAAUCAUUUUGUCAUAUGUUCAUGUGCGUUGACUGUCUCAAAGAAAACGUCGCCUGUACGCAAAACGGUCAAUGUUGUGAUAGCACUGAAUGUAUUUACGGGCGAUGUAAAAGAGGACCAGCGCAAGGUCCAGGAACAUUCUGUGACAAAAAAGAAGACUGUACAUCACCGGAUAAUUGCUGUGUUAGAGAGCCCGCAAUCAAUCCAGCAGUUUCAAUCUGCAAACCACAACUUGACGAAGACCAUGUUUGUGGGCCAAUCAACCAGUACAGAACGGUAUACAUAGGUGCGCAUGUGCAGACUGCUUGCGGUCCCUGUAAAGAAAGCAAAAGUCUUGAAUGCAGACAAGUUGGAAUCUUUGGUAACUACCAUGUAUGCAUGAAGCCACUGUCAAAGUAAUAAUAUUUUUGAACACAAGCAAGAUAAAAGAGAGCAGCAUAUCUAGGUUCAUAUUGUCAAAGUUCUUCCAAAAUUGCUCUUCAGAGCUUCCGUGUUCAAUAUCAUUUCAAAUGAAAACUUCUGGUUUCAAUUGCACUCAUGAAUGGUCUUUGUAAAAACGCCUUAUAAGAAAGAUAUUCUUUCUUUGGACGGAAAAAAAGUUUGGCGUUAUGAGAGGAAUGUAUUAAAGAAUUUUAAUUAACUUUUAAUCACCAUCAUAGAAAAAAUGAAAUAAAAGAAAGUAUCAGUUUAGGAAAUUGCUAACAUUUGGAACAUUAUACAAGCAAAGUUAAUUACUCAAUAACUGAUUAUAUUUAUUAAUAAUAACUAAUUAUCCUACAAGUAGAUAUCGUGAUCAUUUGUUUUGGUCGUUGUAAAAGUGUUUGUUAAUAAACUUUGAAAAUCAUACCGGA